CGGAUCCUGCGACCAUCAGCAGACUGGAGCUCAGACCAGUCCCGAGGUGUCGCUGAACAACUUUGCUCCUCUCACGUUAACUGGGAGACGACUGGAGCAGCAGAACAGCGGAUACUUCAUACCUGCAACAAGGCGACUGAUGCCGCUGCUGACAGAGGGAUUUACUAGAGAGCAGCUCAGAUGUGACCCCCCCACCCCCUCUGUGAUAUCAGUUCACCAACCUGCAUUUUGCUUGUUAGAAUAAGUUUUCUGUCUCUGGGAAGCUCCAAAUUCCUUUGUGGUCAAGAUGACCUCUCUCUCUAUUGGCUGCCUCAGUGGAAACUCUGACACAAUGCACCCCGGAUUUUUAAGCUGCCAAGCCACAACCUGUGUGGACUGAGGUUCACUAAAAAGGAUCAGAAACUUGGAGGAAGAACAAUCGCAGGCUACAGCUUUUAUAAUUGCUUUGUAAUGUGUAUUUAUAAUAAUGUGCAGAUAGAUGUUUAUGAUUAAUUAGUUUCCGAACCAUCGAAGCAACACUUGAUAUAAAGUGCAACCAGGAAACAACAGCCGUACCCUUCAAAAUUAACUUUUCAACUGCCACAUUCAAACAUGGCUGCCACCAUGGAAGUGGCAGAUAUCGUUGUUGUGGCAAUCUACUUCAUCCUGGUGCUGGCGAUUGGCUUCCUGGCCAUGAGGAAAUCCAACCACAACACGGUGAACGGCUACUUCCUCGCCGGGCGCUCCAUGAACUGGGCAGCUAUCGGAGCUUCCCUGUUUGUCAGCAACAUAGGAAGUGAGCACUUCAUUGGACUUGCUGGAUCCGGUGCGACUAGCGGGUUGAGCGUUGCUGCAUGGGAGUUAAAUGCCCUGUUAUUGCUCCAAUUGUUAGGCUGGCUGUUCAUCCCUGUCUAUAUUCAGUCGGGGGUUUUCACCAUGCCAGAGUAUCUGUCCAAACGCUACGGAGGGAGGCGACUGAAGGUGUAUUUUGCAGCUUUGUCUCUCAUCCUCUACAUCUUCACCAAGCUGUCCGUGGACCUCUAUGCCGGAGCCUUGUUUAUCCAGGAAUCACUGGGGUGGAACCUCUACUUGUCAAUCAUCCUGCUCAUCACCAUGACCGCCGUGCUGACAGUCACUGGAGGUUUGGUCGCCGUCAUCUACACGGAUACAGUCCAGGCUUUCCUCAUGAUCACCGGAGCUCUGUGUCUCACCGGCAUCAGCCUCGUCAAAGUGGGAGGACUUGAAGGGGUAUGGACCAAGUACAUGCAGGCGUCGCCAAACAUCACAGCCAUCCUGCUGUCUUCACCCAAUCUGACGUAUUCGGAAUCCUGCCACCACCACCUCAGCCCAAAACCAAAUGCGUUGAGGAUCCUUCGAGGACCAAGGGACCCAGAUCUGCCUUGGCCUGGGUUUUUGCUGGGCCAGACUCCUGCCUCCCUCUGGUACUGGUGUACAGAUCAAGUGGUUGUACAGCGGGUUCUGGCAGCCAAGAACAUCGCCCACGCCAAAGGUUCGACCAUCUUUGCCGGCUUCCUGAAAAUCCUGCCGAUGUUCGUCAUAGUCAUCCCAGGGAUGAUUUCCAGGAUCUUCUUUGCUGAUGAGUUGGCGUGUAUCAGUCCAGAGCACUGCUUGGAAGUGUGCGGCUCUGAGGCUGGCUGUAGCAACGUGGCUUACCCGCGGCUCGUCAUGUCGGUGAUGCCCGUCGGCCUCCGCGGCCUGAUGAUGGCUGUCAUGAUCGCGGCUCUGAUGAGCGACUUGGACUCCAUCUUCAACUCAGCGAGCACCAUAUUCACGCUGGAUAUCUACAAGAUGCUGCGGAAGAAGGCGUCAUCGAGGGAGCUGGUGAUGGUUGGAAGACUGUUUGUGGUGGCCAUGGUGAUCAUCAGCAUUGCGUGGGUACCCGUCAUCAUCGAAAUGCAGGGAGGCCAGAUGUUCUAUUACAUCCAAGAAGUAACAGAUUACCUGACCCCACCUGUAGCUGCUCUCUUCCUGCUCGGAGUCCUGUGGCGUCGCUGCAACGAGACGGGGGCCUUCUGGGGGGGGGUGGUGGGGUUCACCAUCGGAGCGCUGCGCCUGGUGCUCGCACUUGUUUACCGCGAGCCCCUCUGUGACCAGCCUGACGAGCGGCCGUCCUUCAUCAAAGACGUCCACUUCAUGUAUGUAGCGGUCCUCUUGUUUUGGGGGUCAGCUCUAGUGGCUGUUGUUGUGAGUCUCUGCACCGCUCCACCCACACAGGAACAAAUCAGAACAACCACUCUGUGGGGGUUGAACAAGAGAAAGAAGCUAAAACAGCAAGAAAAAGAAAAGGCUGAAGAAGAAAUCCAUGCUUUGAAGCCUCUUUACCUCAAUGGAGAUAGUGUUCUUGGUAAAGAAAAGUGCACAGACAACCUUAACGAGCACAAUGGCUUUGAAACCAAUCAUGUAAAUGCUGAAUCACCUACUGUCACUGCUACUUACAUAGAAACCCACCAUCCAAUCCAGAAUGGUUGCUAUACAGUGGUUACUGAACCCAAAAUGGCAGAAGGAGAUGGAAGAGGAGGGAGGGAUGAGGAGGAGGUGGAAGAGGGGGAUUGCUUUGAAGCAGGAGGAGCAGAGCCUGGGAGGUGGAUGAGGGUUUUAGAGUGUGUGUGUUGCUUCAAGGAGAAUGGAUCUGGAGAUCAAGUCGUUUCAGCUGAGGAACAGGAGAGGCUGGUGGAUGAGCUUCUCCAUGAACCUCGGCGAACCAGAAUCAUCCUGAACAUAGGGAUGGUGGCUAUUUGCUCUGUGGCCAUUUUCUUGUUUAUCUAUUUCUCCUUAUAGGCUCCAUUAACUCCGAUCCGUGGGCCUGGGUAAUGAAAUACUUUCACACAUUAGCAAAAGCCCCAGGAAAGCUUGAGCGCCCCACAUUCUCCUGUGAUUUAUCAUGUGCUUCAUCAACAUUAGUAAACACACUAUCAAGCCUGUGCUUGGCCAAACGAUACGUGUGUCUUCCAAGCAGUGCAAGGCAACUGCUGAGGUAGAGGUAACCUAAGGGGCUUGGGUAUAUGUCAGGUGCUUUGCUUUCUGGCUGCUGCUCAGCCAGUGAUGUUGGUGCUCGGCCUGCUUUCUCAGCCUAACAACUAAUGCUAAUAACCUCCAAUAGUUCUGGCUACGUUUGACAGUUUUGUGCAGGGGAUUACUGACCAAAUUUUGGAUUUCAAACCUCUCUUGAUUGGACGUGGAAUGAAACCACAGUGCUGUUUCCUCACGUUAGAAUGUAAAUGCUGUCGUUGCGGGUAGUGUGCACUAUCCUAAGCACAGAUUGGGAUGCAUGGAUGGUUUUAUGUGUAAUUUUUCUCGAGACAGGGAUAAAUAUAUUUUUGGUAAAUGUGACUCACUGCAUUUGGAACAGUUAAAAUUCCAAAUGAAUUUAUGAUUAACUGUGACUUAGUAUAUUCUUCUGUUGUAUACAGAUAUAAUUACAUGCUCUCGGAUUUGUCCCCAUUGGGAUGUUUCACGUUAAGGAAAUAAGCUCAUCAUAUUGUGUUUUAUUUUUAUAAGUUUUUCAUGUUUUGUAUUUGAAAGAGCAGUAAUUUUCAACUGGACAUCAACUAUUGGAGAUGUUACCUUUUUAUUAUAGCCAAUGAAUGAUGUGUUCUACAUGUGUUGGUGUUCAAACUGAUGAAAGGUGAUUCAGUGUUUCCUGAGCUGCACAUAAUCAGCAUAUAAUGUGAUCUUGUCAUGUAUUUUCUACUCUUUGUAUAACUCGAGCACUGCCUUCCACUCAAAUAGUUUUUAUGAAUUCAAAGGUGAAUUCUGAUGUUAUUUUGUAAGAAAUGUUUUUAAGCUGUGGAAAUGAAACAACCUAUUAAAUCACCUCAGUGGUGGUUCAGAAUCAAGUUUAGGAAAAGACAGGCCGAGGAUAUACACUACAAAAAGUCAGAUAAUAAUAAAUUCUAUGCAAUUGAAAUCGACGGUAAUUUCUGAAUGUGGCGGUUGGGGAUUUGCUCAGGAAUAAUCUGAGGUGCCAGUUCACAUGUGUCUUCAUGCAUUUGUUGGUAGAGUUUUUACACCUUCCAUUUUGCACAAUUUAAAAAUAAAAGGUUGGAACUAC